GAGAAGUAAUUCAACAUUCCACGACCACAAUGCCACAACCAGUUGCAUUAGUCACCGGAGCAUCUUCCGGAAUUGGAUAUGCUAUCAGUAUUGAGCUUGCCAAACGUGGCUACAAAGUUUACGCGGGUGCCCGUCGUAUGGCUCAAUUGAAAAAGCUUGAGGAGUAUAUGAUUAUCCCCAUCGAGCUCGAUAUAACCUCAUUAAAGAGUGUACAAGCGGCAAAGGACCUUAUCUCACUGCAAAAUGAUCAAUUGGAUAUUCUUUUCAAUAAUGCAGGUGUCAUCGGCGAUGGACCUGCUAUGGAAAUUUCCGAUGAAGCCGUCCUGGCUUGUAUGGAGGUGAACUUCAAUUCCCAAAUAAGGGUUACUCGUGAAUUCUCUCCCUUGGUGGUAAAGGCUAAGGGUGUCAUAGCGUUUACUGGUAGCACUGCAGGUCGUCUUAUUCUCCCAUUCGGAUGUGUAUAUUCAGCCUCAAAGGCUGCACUCAAUGCGUACGCCAGCACUUUGGCCUUUGAAGUUGAACCAUUUGGCGUUAAGGUGGUAAACUUCAUAUCUGGUGGUGUCAAGACAGACAUGACUCGUGGAGAAAGCAAACCUUCUCUUCCAACUAGCUCAUCGUACAUCGUAAAUGGUUUAGAUCUUCUUCGUCUGAGUAGAGAGAACAUUGGUACUGAGCACUUUAUGGAUGCUGAGACAUAUGCCACCAAAGUUGUCAAUGAUGUCGAAUAUGCCUUGAAGGGGAAGAGUUUCCUUUCUGGUAAUUACUUCGUUCGUUUUAGAGGUACUUCUGCUUCAAUUGUGAAAAUUCUUACUGAUUAUUUCCCAAGAGGUUUGGUUGCUUUCCUCUUCCUUAAUGUGUUUAAAUUGAAGGCUCCAUUUAAGGAAAUUGAGCAGUCAAGGAAAUAAACAAGGAAAUAAAUAGUUAACUGUUAGUUGUGUGAAUUGUGAUUUUAGAUAAAAUGAAAAAGUAUAUUGUAGAGUAU